CUGUCAUUUUUUGUAAGGUCAAGAAGAAUCUAGGACGGCGCCAUAUUGCGCAUCGACUUUCUUGAGUUUGGUAGUUUUCGUAGAAUAUACUGGGUGCUGGGUGGUUUCUAUUUAAUCAGUUUUGAGUCUCUCGUAUAAAUUCAGCCGUGAAGGAAGCUCGGAGUGACGCCACGAUCACCAUGGCCCGAGUCGCUUAUUGUUUGCCUCUCGCGUUUCUAUUUUUAGCAAGUGUAAUUCCAUCAGAAGCACAAAGCGAGCAGCCGACGCCCGCGCCCGCCGCCGCCGCCGCGCCCGCCGCGCCCGCCGCAGACGCGCCGCCCGAGGUGCUGUACGACGUGCGCAGCAACUUCACGCUGCUGUGCCCGCUCGUCAACGACAAGAGCCUCGACUACGUGUGGCGGAAGAACGAGACGGAGAUCUCGCUGGUGUGGGAGAUGAAGGACCGCUACGUGCUGGAGCGCGGCGGCGCCGAGUUCCGCGUGGCGCGCGCCUUCGAGGACGACUUCGGCAACUACUCGUGCGCGCUGCCCGGCGUGGGCGAGGCGCGCUGGGCCGUGCGCGGCCGCCCGCACCUCAAGCUGCCCGCCAACACCAACGUGGUGGAGGGGCAGAAGCUGAAGCUCACCUGCAAGGUGGUGGGCAAGCCGUACGCGCGCGUGCAGUGGUCCUACUCCAACUCCACCGACGGGCCCUACGUGCCGCUCGACGACAGCGCGGCGCUGGCCGACAGCGAGGCGGGCGUGCCCGACGGCGUGCUGCUGCUGGCGGCGGCGGCGCGGCGCCACGCCGGCCACUACCGCUGCGACGCGCCCGCCGCGCUGCUGCCCGCCACCACCACGCUGCGCGUCAAGGACAUGUACGCCGCGCUGUGGCCCUUCCUCGGCAUCUGCGCCGAGGUGUUCGUGCUGUGCGCCAUCAUCCUGCUGUACGAGCGCCGCCGCACCAAGCCCGACCUCGACGACUCCGACACCGACAACCACGACCAGAAGAAGUCGUAGACGUCGAGCGUCGCCGCGCGCCGGAGCUCGCGAGCAGCUCGCUUCCGAUUAUAGUACUGCUGCACGAAUUUAUAUAUCUACAUAUUUACAUUUGUUCGAGACCUACUCCACCGGCGGCGCCGCCGAGCUGGCAGCUUCGCGACGCCUCGCGACACGUGAAGCGCGCUUCCCUGACAGCACCGAGCACGCGACACGCGGAGGAGGCGCCCCUACUCGCAUGCAAUAGAAUCAUUAGGUUAAUGUAAAUCACAUUUAUAAAAAUAUUUUUUAUGAAAAUCAUUUUGUGUAAGAUUUGCUUUGAUGUAAUGUACUUUUAAAACGAUCGCUUCUAUGUAUCGUGAAUCGCGUGUAUCUUCGCUCCGGCCCCCGCUUCUAAUGCGUAGUACUUAAGUGUUAAUCAAUAGCGACUUGUAAUUCAUUAAUUCUAAAAUAUUUUUAAAUUUUGGUGUUGUAAAAUGUUUAGUGUAAGAUUUGCGUUAUUUACGUUGUAAAUAAAAUGAUUGGACGUGCUCGACUCGCUAGCGGUGUAUAGUUUCAGUAAGCCUUGUAUAUAAUUUGUAUCCAAAGAAACGAUUAGGUUUAGACCGAACCCAUCCCGCAGGCGACAACUGCCGACAACUGCCGACAAACCAUAAACGUGUGAGGGAGAUAGUUGUACAGUUGCAGCAUUUUUCAAAAGAUUGUAGUUGUAGUCGAUUUUGUAUAAAGUUGGAGUAACAUGAAGCGCCAUUGUCACGAUGUGAUAACAUAAUCAAUAAAUUAUUAUUACCGUUA